AUGCCCUACACCAACAACACAUCGCGGUUUGAUCACAGACACGUGCAGUUGGAGUCAGUCUGUCCUGAAAAUGCAGACACGUCCGAACAGCACGCAGACGAAUACAGCGACUUUGCAGAAGAUCCCGAGGAACUCGAGAUAAUCGACCAGCUCCUCCUCGAAGUCGAGGCGAGAUCAGAUGUGAUCGCGCCGCUGCUCGUCACGGACAUUGAAGACUAUGAAGCUCCUCCGGGCAUUUACUUGCCCAAGGUGCCUGGUCUCGAGUCAGCGCAUCAGCGGCACGACCAGACAGCCCCCGUCCAAACCCAAUUCGAGCAGGACGUACGCGACCAGAGUGCUGAAAAGCGACCUGCGAACGAAGAGAAUGAAAGUCAAAGAGAAGGUCCACCUGCCGCAGAGCCUCCCGAGCCUGAGGACACCAGAUCUCCCAUUGAACGGUUCAGAAAGCCGCCAAAGAAGCCGCUCUCCGUCACCGAUCUGAUAUCUCCUGCUUGGUGUGAACUACAAUACUUCUACGUUCUGAGCAAGCACGGGCGCAAGAGGAGGACUCCGGCCAUGAAACAAGGGAGUGCAGUCCACCAGGCGCUCGAAGAUGAAGUCCACGUCACCGUGCCCGUUAGGGUUGUUACGAAGGAAGACAGCUGGGGGCUGCGUCUGUGGAAUGUGAUACAGGGAUUGCGCACCCUUCGCGAAACUGGCCGGACUCGCGAGAUGGAGGUCUGGGGAUCCGUGGGUGGCGAGUUCGUCAAUGGUGUCAUUGACGAAUUGAGUUACCACUGCCCUGACCCGAAACUCGAGGAGCAGAGCCUGAAGUUUUCCAUGAACCAGGAGUCGGGGCCUGUUCCGCCGGAAUACCAAGCUAGCAUCAGGGACUAUCUCGUUACGAGCGAGACCAGAGAGCAAGGUCAGUCCAUAGAGGAGGCACUGGGUGCUGGCAAUGGCAACGGCAACGGUAAUACACUGGCUUCGCAGAGAAUGCGGUCACAACAGCAACCGAAGGACCAGAAGCGAAUAUACAUUACAGAUGUCAAGACAAGAGGGACGUCGAGUUUACCUACAGGCUCUAGCAUCCGACCCACCAUUAUCCAGCUGCACCUGUACCACUACAUGGUGGACAAUUUGGCCAAAGGAAUGUUCUCUCUUGACGACAUUGCAGCGCGGUAUGGAGUAGAUAUCCACGCGACAUUCUCUGACGAUUUCAUUGCACAGAUCGGCAGUCUCAACCAAGACAUGUACGACGUGUCUGGUUCUCAACAUCGACAACCAGGAGAAAUGGAGAGCGAAGAAGAAGAAGCAGCAGCAGCAACAGCAGAAUGGGAUAUUGGUCCGUCGACGCAAGACUCUCUGGAGAUUUUAAUCCAGCACAACAACCUGGAGAAGCUGUGGGAAUUCAUGAUGUGGCAGUUCCGCGAGACGUUUUUGAUGCCAGGGACGGCGGAUUUGGACGGAGCAGCAGCAGCAGCAGCCUUUACUCCCAGCGCAGACGCUCAGGAACUAUAUCCUUCCUCGACACCACAGUCGAUUUCACAGCUUGCCGGCGCGUCGCCGUCGCCGUCGACGCGUCUUUCACCGCUCCUGACGGCGAGGUACGUCUCGGCGACGCGAGAGACCGACGCCGGCGAGCCCGAGCUUCUCGGUAGCAGAUCGAUCGUUUUCAACCCGAAUUUCCUCAGGUCGUACCUCUAUGAUGCGCUGGCGUUCUGGCGGGGCGAACGGGCCCCGAAGGGCGUGGAGUUGCGUGACGCGUGGAAAUGUCGCGUCUGCGAGUUUCGGGAUGACUGCGCUUGGAUCCACGAGCGUGAUCAACUUGCCGUCAGGGAGGCGGAGGAGAGGCGCAAGAUGAGGGAAGUCGCUGGUCUGGAGGGGGCGGAUCGGGCGAAGCGGAGUAGGGUGUGA